AUGAGAGCUGAUGAAGAUAAGAGCUCCUUUGUCCCUCCUACUUCGAUUGAGCAGGCUGAUGAGAUGAUAAGAAAGGAGCUUGUAUCCUUGCUAGAGCAUGAUAAUGUGAAAUAUCCUCUUGAAGAGAAAGUGGAAAAGGAGAAGAAGAAAGGAGUCAAGCGGGCUGCAAAUGGAAAGUAUGUUUCUGUCCCUGUGAUAGAAGAUUUUGAAGAAAGUGAGCUGAAAGAG